GAGAAGAUCUAUGCCAUGCCAGACCCGACCAUGCCAGAUGGAUACAUCAAGGCCCUGACCACUCUGUGUGACCUGGCUGACAGAGAACUGGUGGUCAUCAUCGGCUGGGCCAAACACAUCCCAGGAUUCUCCAGCCUGUCUCUGGCAGACCAGAUGAGUCUACUGCAGAGCGCCUGGAUGGAGAUCCUGGUCCUGAACAUUGUGUUCCGCUCGUUGGCCUGUGAGGAGGAGCUGGUGUAUGCUGAGGACUAUGUGGUGGAUGAGGAGCACGCUCGUCUAUCUGGCCUGCUGGACCUGCACGUUGCCAUUCUGCCUCUGGUCCGACGCUAUAAGAAGCUGAGCAUGGAGAAGGAGGAGUUUGUCACGCUCAAGGCCAUCGCCCUCUCCAACUCAGCAGGCAACAAGCUCUCACUGCAGAAUUAG